UACAGAAAUAAUGUGUAAAUUACGGAAGCGCUCAAAUGGACAAAAGAACGGAAAGACCAAAUCACUGUACAUGUUCUUUCGAUAUGUGGACAUCUUUUAUUUCUCUAUUGGCAUGAAGGCUUACGAUCGAGUCCUUUUUAACGCAAAUACAACAGAUUGGCGCAAAACAAUUUUGAGCUGUUACUUCAUAUUCCAGAUGCUAAAUCUGAACUUGACGCUGUUAUCGGAACUGAUCUAUGUAUUCUUGGCGUUCAGCACUGGCAACAAUUUCCUGGAAGCCACUAUGAAUCUGUCUUUCAUUGGAUUUGUUAUCGUCGGCGAUAUAAAGAUUCAGCACAUCUGGGGCAAGCGUGGGCAUAUCACCAAGGUGGUCCAGCGCUUACAGCUGCUGCAUCCCAUAACAGCUAAUCAACAGUGGGAAUAUAGGUUGAGUGACUACCUGAGGAGCUAUAGAAUCGUUAGCAUCUUCUACUUUGGCAUGCAUAUGGUGCUCAUUUGGACUUACAAUCUCUAUUGGGCUAUCUACUAUUUGGUGUGCGACUUCUGGCUGGGCAAACGACACUUUGAGCGAAUGCUGCCUUACUACUGCUGGACGCCAUGGGAUUGGAAAAGCAAUUGGAGCUACUAUGUCAUGUACGUCUCCCAAAACAUUGCUGCCCAGACCUGCCUCUCAGGCCAGCUGGCGGCGGAUAUGCUCAUGUCUGCCCUAGUCACGCUGCUGAUCAUGCACUUCAAGCACUUAAGCAGACAGAUCGAGCAGCAUGUGGCAGGCGUUCGGCCUGCUGACCAGGAUCUGGGCUUUCUCCAGAGGAGCAUCGUUUACCAUCAGCAGCUACUGUGUCUGAGUCAGGACAUCAGUCGGAUCUUUGGCGUUUCACUCUUUUGCAACUUUGCCAGCUCGUCGUUCAUCAUCUGCUUUGUCAUCUUUCAGAUGACCAUCGGGGGCAACAUAGAUAAUCUGGUCAUGCUGAUCCUCUUUCUGUUCUGUGCCAUGGUGCAGGUCUUCAUGAUCGGUAGUUACGCGCAGCGCUUGAUCAAUUCGAGCGAGCAUAUAGGCCAGGCUGUUUAUAAUCACAAUUGGUACAUGUCUGAUUUGCGCUAUCGUAAGCUAAUGCUACUGAUCAUGCAACGAGCCCAGCGCCCCAGUUACCUAAGGGCUACCAACUUAUUGAACGUAUCCCUGAUUACCGUAACAGACCUGCUGCAGCUGUCAUACAAGUUCUUCGCCCUGCUGCGCACCAUGUACUCCCAGUAGAAGGGAAGUAGGUGGCA